AUGUCUGACAUCAAGGAUGAAAUCGAUUCAGUUGAUCUAGCUGAGGAUUUUAAUAACAUUUCAAAACUGUUUAGUAUUAUAUGUACAAUCAAUGUAGAAAGAUAUAGAAAUCUUCCACAAAAAAUUUUGCUAUCUUUGCCUAAAUUCACUCCCGGCAGAAUUAUUGAAGGAGAACUUGGUAAAAUGUUUGGAACCUUAUCACCAAGUUCUUUGACAUCAGAUGAACAUGGCUACAGGAUGAAGACAACACAGAAAUCACCAGAAGCUGGAUCCUCUCCUCCUGUCAAACAGCUGCUUGAUGAACCAGAGACUGUCACCACCAUAGACACUGGGUAUGAAUUCUUUUACAAUGUGGCCUGUCUGAGUGAUGAGGAAAUCUGGACAAGUGGACACUAUAACAACACCAUGAAACUCUUCAGCAUCAAUCAGGGAUCACUACUCAAGUCAAUCAUAACCAAGUCAGGGUACACUGGACAUACUCCUGCUCCAAAGAACCAACCAUUCAGUCCAAUAGGAAUCACCACAGACAGUCAAAGUCACAUCCUUACAGCUGAUAAUAACAAUGACUGUAUCCACAUCAUAGACCAGGAUGGACAGUUCCUCCAUUAUAUAGACUGUGGACUGAGUUAUCCCUGUGGACUGUGUAUAGAUACAAAUGACAAUCUGUUUGUUGCUCAAUUAGGAAACAGACAAGUGAAGGAAAUCAAAUAUCUAAAGUGA